UCCGCCGGCGACCGGAAGUGCGGCGUCCGGCGAGCAUGGCGGCGUCGAAGGUGAAGCAGGACAUGCCCCCGCCGGGGGGCUACGGCCCCAUCGACUACAAGCGGAACCUGCCGCGUCGGGGACUGUCGGGCUACAGCAUGUUCGCCGUGGGCAUCGGGACCUUGCUCUUCGGGUACUGGGGCAUGAUGAAGUGGAACCGCGAGCGCAGGCGGCUGCACAUCGAGGACCUGGAGGCCCGCAUCGCGCUAAUGCCGCUGCUGCAGGCCGAGAGGGACCGCAGGGCGCUGCAGCUCCUGCGGGAGAACCUGGAGGAGGAGGCGAUCAUCAUGAAGGAGGUGCCCGACUGGAAGGUGGGCGAGUCCGUGUUCCACACCACGCGCUGGGUGUCGCCCAUGGUCGGGGAGCUGUACGGGCUGCGCACCGCCGAGGAGAGGCUCAGCGCCAACCAGGGCUUCACGUGGUACACGUAGCGGGCGCGUCGCGGGCCGUGGUCCCGCCGCCCGCGGGCAAUAAACCUGCACACCGCC